AUGGGCAAACGCGACGCCAAUACGGCGUCCAACUACCACGUCUGGCGCAACAACCACACCACCGCUACCCUCAAGAUUGACUUUGAUGCCCAGGUGCUGCGCGGCCAUGUUGUCCAGGACUUUUCCCGCCAGCCCGCAGCGGACGGCGAGGACGCCAGCGAGAUCAUCCUCGAUACUAGCUCCGUGGAUGUGAAGGCCGUUUUCGUAGACGGCAAGGCUGCGCCCUUUGAGGUCAAGCCGCGCGCUGGUCCGCUCGGCGAGCCCCUGCACAUUCGGCUGCCGGCGGCCCUGGCUUCGGCGCCGGCGGGCGCCACCGUCCGCGUGCGCAUCGACGUCUCGACCACGGCCGCGUGCACGGCGCUGCAGUGGCUGACGCCCGCCCAAACGUCCAACAAGAAGGCGCCGUUCAUGUUCUCGCAGGCCCAGGCCAUCCAUGCCCGCUCGCUGUUCCCCUGCCAGGACUCCCCGGACGUCAAGUCCACCUACUCGUUCCGCAUCGCCUCGCCGCACCCCGUCGUGGCCAGCGGUCUGACCGUCACCGACGCCCGUGCCCAGCAGGUCGCGGAGGACGACGACAUCCUGGCGUCUGUCAGCGCCAAGGAUACGCUGUACGUCUUUGAGCAAAAGGUGCCCAUCCCCGCCUACCUCUUCGCCCUGGCCUCGGGCGACAUUGUCACGGCGCCCAUUGGCGCGCGGUCCGUGGUCGCCACGAGCCCCGACCAGCUCAAGGCCUGCCAGUGGGAGCUCGAGCAGGACAUGCCCAAGUACUUGGACGUGAUUGAGAAGCUCGUGUUCCCCUACGCCUGGGGCGAGUACAAUGUGCUUGUUCUGCCGCCCAGCUUCCCCUACGGCGGCAUGGAGAACCCCAUCUUCACCUUUGCGACGCCGACCAUUAUCAGCGGCGACCGCCAGAACGUGGAUGUCAUUGCGCACGAGCUGAGCCACAGCUGGAGCGGCAACCUGGUCACCAGCAGCAGCUGGGAACACUACUGGCUCAACGAGGGCUGGACCGUGUACCUGGAGCGCCGCAUUGUCGCCGCCAUCCACGGCGACGCCUACUUUGACUUUUCCGCCGUCAUCGGCUGGAAAGCCCUCGAGGGCGCCGUCAAGAGCUUUGGCCCCUCGCACGACUACACCAAGCUGCUCAUCAACCAUGACGGCAUCGACCCGGACGACGCGUUCAGCACCGUGCCCUACGAGAAGGGCUUCCACAUGGUCUACUACCUCGAGCGCCUCGUCGGCCGUGCCAACUUUGACAAGUUCAUCCCAUACUACUUUACCAAGUGGAGCGGCAAGUCCCUCGACUCGUACGAGUUCCGCGACACCUUCCUCGAGUUCUUUGCGAAGCCCGAAUUUGCCAGCCUCAAGGACGCCGUGGCCGGCAUCGAUUGGGAGGGCCGCUUCCACACGCCCGGCCUGCCGCCCAAGCCCCAGUUCGACACCUCGCUCAUCGAUGUCUGCUACAAGCUUGCCGAGCAGUGGAAGGCCAAGGACUUUGUGCCCUCGCCCAAGGACGUCGAGGGCUGGGCGGCCAACCAAAUCAUCGUCUUUUUGGGCGAGAUCCAGAGCUUCACCGAGCCGAUUACCGCGGACCAGUCCCAGCGGAUGGGCGCCGCCUACGGCUUGGUCGAUACGCAAAACGUCGAGGUCAAGGCGGCCUACUACGUGGCCUCCCUGCGCGCCCAGGACAAGAGUACCUACCAAGGCACCGCCGACCUGCUCGGCACCGUUGGUCGCAUGAAGUUUGUGCGGUCGCUGUACCGCGCCCUCAACCAGGUCGACCGCCCGCUGGCCCUGGCCACCUUUGAGAAGAACCGCGACUUUUACCACCCCAUCUGCAAGGCCAUGGUCGAGAAGGACCUCAGUCCGGAUGCGAUGCGGACAUGA